UGCGCCAUGGAGGGAAGGGAGGCGAACCUGUUGCGCCAGUUCCCGCUGCUUCUGCCCCAGAACCGGGCGAAAACUGUGUAUGAGGGAUUCAUUUCUGCUCAGGGAAAAGACUUCCACCUUAGAAUAUUGUUGCCUGAAGAUUUACAAGUGAAGAAUGCAAGAUUACUGUGCAGUUGGCAGUUGAAAACUAUACUUAAUGGAUACCAUCAAAUAAUCCAACAGAGAAUGCAGCACUCUGCUGAUCUAAUGAGUUUUAUGAUGGAGUUGAAGAUGGUUUUGGAAGUUGCUUUAAAGAAUAGACAAGAGUUAUAUGCACUACCUCCUCCUCCCCAGUUCUACUCAAGCCUUAUUGAAGAGAUAGGAACUCUGGGUUGGGAUAAGUGGCUACUUAUUCUUUCAAAAGAAAAUGGUGAAAGAGAAAUGAGGAGACUUGUAUAUGUGGAUACUUGCUUCAGUACCAUCAAGUUAAAAGCAGAAGAUGCUUCUGGUAGAGAGCAUCUAAUCACUGUCAAGUUGAAAGCAAAGUAUCCCACAGAAUCACCAGAUUGUUUUGUGGAUUUUCCUGUUCCAUUUUCUGUUUCCUGGAUACCACAGGGCUCCUUAAUAAGCAUUCAUAGUCAGUUUUUGGCAGCAUUAGAAUCACUGAAGGCAUUCUGGGAUGUUAUGGAUGAAAUUGAUGAGAAGACCUGGGUACUUGAGCCAGAAAAACCUACACGGAGUGCAACAGCACGCAGAAUUGCAUUAGGAAAUAAUGCUUCCAUAAAUAUAGAGGUAGACCCCAGGCAUCCUACUAUGCUUCCUGAAUGCUGCUUUCUUGGAGCUGACCAUGUGGUAAAACCCCUGGGAAUUAAGCUGAGCCAGAACAUACAUUUGUGGGAUCCAGAAAACAGUCUAUUACAAAAUUUGAAAGAUGUUUUAGAAAUUGAUUUUCCAGCUCGUAGUAUCCUGGAAAAAUCUGACUUUACUAUGGAUUGUGGAAUUUGUUAUGCCUAUCAACUUGAUGGUAACAUUCCUGAUCAAGUGUGUGGUAAUCCCCAGUGUGGACAGCCUUUCCAUCAAAUAUGCUUAUAUGAGUGGUUGAGAGGACUACUCACUAGUAGACAGAGUUUUAACAUCAUCUUUGGUGAAUGUCCAUAUUGUAGUAAGCCAAUUACCUUGAAAAUGUCUGGAAGGAAACCCUGAAAUAAGAAAUGUUUCUAUGAAGAAAUAGAAACUUUAUUAAAGGAUUUUAUUUGAUAUCUUCAGAGAACAUAUAAAGCAAGACAUACUAAUAUCAGAAGGAAAAGUAUGAUGAAGCCAUAAUAAUAUACAUCUGCCUUUGCUUCUUCACUAAGAGUAAACUGGGAAAUUGCAGGCCAGAGUCCUGUAGAACUUUCUAAGUCUGUGACCCCUGUACCAUUUGGGGAAGUACAUGUAUACCAAGGAGGAGAUCUUGACUUGCUGAUUAUAUCUUGAUUGGUAAAAUUUUGAUAGGGCUCAUAAAAUGAAUUUGGGAAUUGCACAUAGCUAGAUUUUGGGGGGAAAGUGUUUAUUUCAUUCAGAAGUUCUGAAGACUCACGAUAUUUUUGUCUUCUCUUUCUGCCUUCCUAUGGAAAAAAUACAUAUAUAUUUUGUUAGAUUCAGUUAUUUGUGUGUUUUGUAUAUUCUGUAAGAAUGCCAAAUAAAAUUUAAUCAAAUCAGAACCAUUGGGUGAUUCUUUAAAACAAAUAGGCCAUUUCAUUAAAUAGUGUAUAAUUAAA